GUCGGCCCUUGUUGCCGGCCGCUAACUGACUCUCCUAAUCGGAAGCUCAUCGUCUCAGCGUGCUCGGGUGCCGCCCCACAGAGCAUAGAGUGUGCGGCGAAAGCGUCCGCUUUCUGCCACCCCAAUCAGCUCCGAAACUUGGUCCUGGCCAUGUCCACCUCCUGCAUGCAACAAAGCCUUUCCCCACACCAAUUCGCCCAUCGAAGACUACGCUUUCGACGACCACAUCCGCCUCUGCCGACCAUUUCGUCGGAUUCCGUCUCCUACGCUGCCCUGAAAAAAAAAUAUCCCCCAUCUGCAAACCCUAACUUCGAAAGGGGUGCUGCCGAUUUCGACAGGACAGUGUUGGCUAGAGCUGGGAGGGAGACACAGUGGAAACGAGUGAGAGGGGAGGAGAGAGAGGUGGCGGUGUUGGGCUGUUUUCUUAAACCCUCAGUUCUGAGUGACGGCCUCCCUUUUAAACCCUCGUCGCAUCUUCAGUCCAUCUUUCUAUCAUUUUCCACCAAGAUGGGUUCCGUCGCUCCUAAACUCUGUAAACUCCUUCGACUGCGCUCUGCAUCCACGCCCUACACCAUGAUGGGUCUUCAAGGGACUUCAAAGGUCUUUUUCUCGACUGGUUCAUCAAUCUCGGGUGAUGACAACGCCAAUGUGGGAACUGGACCUCAUCUGAAAAUUGAUGAUGAUGAUUUUCUUCCUGAGAGGCCUGAGUUACAACUCCAAGGAGUCGACCCCAAAAAGGGCUGGAACUUUCGUGGUGUACACAGGGCUAUUUUAUGUGGAAGAGUCGGUCAAGCCCCUGUUCAGAAGAUCUUGAGAAAUGGUAAAACCGUGACGACAUUUACAGUAGGGACUGGAGGAAUGACUGACCAGAGGACUUUGGGUUCAAAUGACUUGCCAAAACCGGCUCAGUGGCAUCGGAUUGCGGUUCAUAACCCUAUGCUUGGAGCAUAUGCCGUUCAGCAGCUUGUGAAAAACUCAUCGGUUUAUGUUGAGGGAGACAUUGAGACGAGAGUCUAUAAUGACAGCAUUAAUGGAGAAAUAAAAAGCAUACCCGAGAUUUGUGUGCGUCGUGAUGGAAGGGUUCGGCUUAUUAAGUCAGGUGAAAGUAUGAGCAGUUUCUCCAUUGAUGAGCUACGUGAGGGAUUAUUGUGAUGGAUUUCUGGUAGAGCAUUUUGCACUAAUAUGGCUUAGGGCAUGGGUUUAAGAGGCUGAAACUGAAAGUAUUUCAUAUUUAUAUUGAGCUCUUUGGUUCAAUUGUAGUUUCACCAUGGUCAGAAAUAUUAACUAACAGAGACCUUGCUUUGUAUAUUAUUCUGUUUGGUUCACUCAUGUCUUAUCGAUUCCAAUUUAUUUGCCUUUUUCUAUAGAAAUGUUAGCUUUUUUUUGUGUUUUUUAUUAGUAC